CCGAUACUUGAAACUGUUAUUUAGUUUCAAAACACUCCAAAAGCGUUUAUUUAUUGUUUUCAUAAACACAAUAAUAUUUUAGUUGUCUUUUCGUGAUAAAUUUUCUGGUUAAAAGGGACGGAGGAAAAUAAUUAGUACAGUAUAGCAGUUACGACUCAAAGAACUCAAAAUAAUUCGCAUUUUUGGUUCAACUUUGGUUUGACUUUGUGUUUAAUGGCGAUACUUCAAAGGUUUCUUGCCGUAACAGGGGUUGUUGGAUUGUUCUCCAUCGUUGCUGCUCAGAACAAUACUACGCAGCUUCUGGCGUAUUGGGGAGAAUGGGGUAAUUGGUCAGAUUGUUCUCGUACAUGUGGUGGAGGCAUAACAGCUCAGCACAGAGAAUGUUUGACAUUAAACAACGAAACAGUGGCGAACUGCGUAGGAGAGAGUGCUAAAUAUGAAAUGUGUAAUAUACAAGACUGUCCAGACGAUGCAGUUGAUUUUCGCACAGUGCAAUGCUCUCAAUAUGACAAAAAAAUACACAAAGGAAAAUACUAUAAGUGGGUUGGAUUUAGACACGACGCAGGAGAGUGCGAAUUAAAGUGCAUGCCGAAAAACAAGUUCUUUUACGUCACAUUUCAAGACAAAGUAACGGAUGGUACGCGAUGUAACGAGCAUACGUUUGAUGUCUGUGUCAACGGUACAUGUUUACCAGUAGGAUGUGACAUGCAGUUGUACUCCAAUGCACGUAUUGAUAACUGCGGUAUUUGUAACGGAGAUAACUCGACAUGUAAACUCAUCCAAGGUGAAUUUAAACUACCAAAGAGUUCAUACGGUUACGUUGAUAUAACAACCAUACCGAGCGGUGCUACAAAUAUCAAAAUUCGUGAAAAUGGAGUACCAACAAAUUAUAUUGCGCUUCUAAGCAAUGGUAAAAGUAUUCUAAACGGUGAUUACAUAUUCGUCCAUUCUCGCACGACAAAACACGAUGGAAGUACGCUAGUAUACGAACGAACACGAAAAAAUAAUCAUCUAACAAUCGAUGGACCAAUUGAUCUUUCCCUCAAGCUUGAUUUAUACGCUAUGAAGCCUUCCGAUAACUUGAUAACCUACGAAUAUUAUGUGCCAACAACAUAUAAAGGAGUGGUCAACAAAGUUGCUGAGUAUAACUGGGUGGUCGAGGCAUGGAGCGAGUGCAGUAAAAAAUGCGCCACAGGAAAACGCAUUCGGACUGCAUAUUGUGCUAAGAAAAACACUCAAGAGAAAGUAAAAGAUUUCAACUGUAAGAAAGAACAAAAACCACACACAGAAGAAGAGUGCAACACACAGGCAUGUCCACCAAGGUGGUAUAUUAGUCAAUGGAGUCCGUGCUCUAAAACGUGCGGAGUUGGCAUUCAUACCCGACGUGUUCAUUGUGUUGAAACUAUUAAAGAUGGAAAUAUUCGCAUGUUGGAUUUCGGAGAUUGUCCAGGUUCUGCGCCCAUCACCGUGGACCAGUGUGUCGUACAACAAAACUGUCCACAAUGGUUAGAAAUGAAAUGGACACAAUGCUCAAAAACCUGCGGCGAAGGAGUGCAGACAAGAAAAAUUCACUGUAUGGACACCGUGAAGGAAAAUUCUGUGGAAGAAAAGCAAUGCUCGAUUGAAAGAAAACCCAUCGCAAAAAGAUCGUGUUUUAAUGCACCAUGUGGAGCGACAUGGGAGGCGGAGAAAUGGAGUGAAUGCAACUCUCAGUGCGGAUCUGGUAUACGCAGUCGUACUGUCAUCUGUCGCAAUAGUGAAGGUAUUGAGGUUCCUGCUGAAUAUUGUAACAAGAAUGAAGAACCUACAUCAUUCGAACAAUGUCAGGUGUUAGGACCUUGUAAACCCACGUGGCAUGCCACCGAAUGGAGUAAGUGUACGGCUCGAUGUGGAUAUGGCAUGCAAAUGAGAAUGACAGUUUGUGCGGUUAUGGCGCCUCAUGACAAGAAAUUGACUAUUGUUAAUGAAAGUAGUUGUGUUGUUGAAAAGAAGCCAAUUAAUAUGCGAAGAUGCUUGAACAAGAAGCCGUGUCACACGAAUUAUUUUGUUUCUAAAUGGUCUCAGUGUUCUCAAUCCUGUGGAAUGGGUUUCCAAAUUCGAAAGGUCCAAUGUUAUGGUGACAGAGAAAUUGAUUACACAGAGAAAGUUUGUAAGAAGCUUCAACGACCUACCGCUGUCAGAUUGUGCAAGAUUACGUCAUGUGGAGAAGUCGCAGGCGUUGGUCAGCUAGAAGCUACAACUACUUCAACAACAACGACAACUACAACAACUGUAGCAAGUACGACCACGACUCGAAGGGAAUAUGCAGCUAGAAUUGUAUCUUUAGUUGGAAAUGUUCUCUUGCACGAAAAGGACAACGAAGAUUACGAUUGCAUAGCAACAGGUGAUCCAAAACCUGACAUCAAAUGGACAUUACAUGGAGAUGAGAUUAAAAGCACAAGAUUUCGUACGGUGGAGAUCAAUGGUGGGAGUAGAUUAGUUAUUCUCGCAGCCAGCAUUGAAGACGUGGGAGAGCUGAACUGUAUAGCUACUAACAGAAAUGGAGGGGAUUCUAAAAGUUUGGACAUAAAAGUCACAGGACCACCGGUUGUCACCAUCAGCCCGAAAUUUGCCGAGAAGAUUGAGGGAGAAGGGCUAGUUAUCCGUUGUUCAGCUGAUGGGUCACCCGGUCCUCGAACCCAAUGGAUGCGAGACGCCUAUAACUUUUACGGUGAUGGAAACCGAGUCAUUGUCGGAAAGGAUCGAAUUACAUUCAAGCGAUUGCUUGUUGGAGACACAGGGAAAUAUAGAUGCUUAGCAUUUAAUUCUGCUGGUACCACGGAGGGGUCAUCUAAUGUAGUAGUAAAAAGGAGUUCGGAUCGAACAACAAAGGGGGAGUGUUUCGACGAUAAUGGAAAAGCUGAUUGUCAGCUGAUAUUAAAGUUUGGAGGUUUAUGUGACCUUCCAUACUAUCGAGGCGUUUGUUGCGCUAGUUGUACUAGAAAGUGAAAUGCUUCAUUCAGAACUAGUCCUAAGAGGAUACAAACAAAAUCCUUCUAUAAUGAUCACAUGCUUUUCGUCAUCUCAAUUCUUCAACUUGAAGAAUGAAAAUAGCAAUUCCAAUUUUACGUAUAGAUUUUUAGACCUAUAAAUCAAUUUGUAUAUAACAAAAAUAAAUAUUUUUUGUAUCCAAA